CGGCGCGCUCGCUCGCUCGCUUCAUUAUCCCGGCAUCCACGCGAACUUCGGUUUCGUUUCGAUUUCGAUAUUCGGUUCAGUUUACCUUGAACCGCGCCGUGGUCGCGUCCCACCUGCACCUAUACCAGCCGCGUCUCGACGUCGGAGCGUCGUUUACGCGACGCCUUCCGUCCCUUUUGCCACACGUCGCGAAUUUUUUAUUUGUUACAAGUGUUAUAUUAUGUUGUGUUGUGAGUGGUGAUGAGUUCGAUUUGAUUGGAUUAUUGCUUAUUAGGAUAUUGCCAAUUGUAUUUAAGGAGUAUAUCAAAACCCACAAUCACCCUCAUCAACAACCCCAACAACGCAUUUCCACUCUCCUGCGACUCCCGCAACCACCAUAACAACACAAGCGCUUGCGCUGGCUGAGCGCUUUCGCGUAAAAGACCUCCCGUACGCGAAAAGAAGAAGUAUAUGCGAGAAGGAGAGCCGGCUUUGCUGCACGCCGGUCGCGAUGUCAACAUGGUGUCUCCAUCUCGCGGCGGGUUGACCGAUUGGGAGGGCAUGUGGAUACGAUCGCUGGCCAAACAGCCGACGUGCAGAUCGCUGCAGGACCUGCAGGUGAUCUAUUACGGCCUGAGCGGCUUGGAGGCGCUGCAAACGCUCAGAGAUUCGACUUUGCGCGCCCUUUGCAAAGUCGUCCGGUACGAGAAGCAUUUGGCCAACGAUGUGCUUUACUAUACUGGUGAAUUGUCUACGUGUUGGUACAUAUUACUCAGCGGAUCCGUCUUCAUCGAUGGGUCCAUGUUUUUACCACGUUCAAGUUUUGGCAAAAGAACCGGAGGGAGCGCUCGUCGCCAAAACGAAUGCUUCGUUUUGGAACCCUCGGAGAUGAUUGUGAUCGAUUAUCCUGAUAUCGAGCAAAGACGAUUGCAAAAUUCACCGCUGAUGGACCAUCCGCAACACAGAAGUAUCAACAUUAUGUUCGAAGAUGCUUAUGCCCAAAACAUCCCGAGGCAGCAAAGUUUGUAUCACAAGUGCAGCAGAGGUUCCCAUUCGUCGGACACCAGUUCCGCCUACAGCGGAUCCGACACCAUGGCCUCCACCCAUUCGGAGGGCGACGAUCUCGAUCUCACCGGCCUGGUGGAGAGCAUCGUCGACAGCGACGAGGAGGACGAUCUCACCGAAAGCAUGGACAGCCUGACGGUGCGCGACAGGGUGAGAGAUUGCUUGGAGAAAGAACCGGCCGAGCGCACCGACGACGACAUUGAAAUCCUGCUGGAGUUCACGCAACACCUGAAAGCCUUCACCAACAUGACGCUGGCGGUGCGUCGAGCCCUCUGCUCCGUCAUGGUGUUCGCCGUGGUGGAGAAAGCCGACACCACGGUGAUGAACGACGGCGAACAGCUCGACUCCUGGUCGGUGCUGGUGAACGGAUCCGUGGAGAUCGUCAUCGCGCAGGAGCCCAGCAAGUUCCUGUACAUGGGCGACGCCUUCGGCAUCCUGCCCACCAUGGACAAGAUGUACCACAACGGUAAGAUGAUAACGAGGUGCGACGAUUGCCAGUUCGUGUGCAUCACGCAGUCGGACUACUACAGGAUCCUGCACCAAGGCGAGGAGAACACCCGAAGGCACGAAGAGGACGGCAAACUGGUGAUGGUGACCGAGCUGGAGGGCAGCACCGGCACCAGGCGGGGUCACGUCGUGAUCAGAGCGACGCCCGAGCGAUUGAUGCGCCAGCUGAUCGAAGAAAACUCCCUCACCGAUCCGACGUACGUCGAGGAUUUCCUGCUGACGCACCGCGUCUUCAUCAACACGCCCCUGUUCGUCGCCAGCCAGCUGCUCGAGUGGUUCAAAGACGUCGAAAUUCGCGACAGAGUAACGCGCGUGGUGCUGUUGUGGGUGAACAAUCAUUUCACGGACUUCGAAACCGAUCCGGACAUGAUCGAGUUCCUGGAGACGUUCGAGCAGGGCUUGGAGACCGAGAAGAUGGUCGGCCAGUUGAGGCUGCUCAAUAUCGCGUGCGCGGCCAAGGCGAGGAUACGGAACGUCGUGCUGGCCCGGCCGAACCGCGACGAGCCGCUGAGCUUCCAGAUACUGGGCGGCUUCGAGCGGAACUUCGGCAUAUUCAUAUCGAAGGUCGACAAGAAAUCCAAGGCGGAGGAGGUGGGGCUGAAGCGCGGCGAUCAGAUCCUGGAGGUGAACAACCACAGCUUCGAGCACAUGUCGCUCGCGCGCGCCCUCGACAUCCUCCGCGGCACCACCCACUUGAGCAUCACCGUCAAAUCGAACCUGUUGCAUUUCAAAGAGAUGCUCAACACGCCCGACAAUUCGCCGAGGCCGCGCGGCCGGAAGGUGUCCGAGAUCGCCAAGCUGGCGCCCGACCCUCGAGCCCGAUUGUCCAGCGUCGACGGGAACAUCAUCCUCGGCCACGAAACGCCCGCCAGCCAGCCGGUCACCAUCAGCAGUCCCGCCAAGGAGGGCGCGAAGAAGCAGAGCUUUAUGACCUUGGGGAAGUUCCAGAAGGCGUUGAUGAAGAUCAGCAUAUUCCCGAAGAACAUGAUCAACGUCGGUUUGGGGCAAGAUCAAAUAGACAGCUUCACGCCACCUUCGACGUUAGGAUCGAAUUUGUACCAAUCCCAAAGCAAUCCUGAUCUGAUGUCUAUUUGCUACGAUGAUUUAAGAGUAACCGACUACCCCGAGCACGUUCUAAAGGUGUACAAACCCGAUCAAAGUUACAAAUACCUGUUGGUGCACAAAGAGACGACGGCGCACGAAGUGGUGAUGCUGGCCCUGCAGGAAUUCGGCAUGACCGAUCCCAGCAGCAACUUCAGCCUCUGCGAGGUGUCGGUGACCGAUAAUCAGACGAUCAAGCAGAAACGGCUGCAGGACGAUCUCCAGAACCUCGCCGAGAGGAUAGGAUUGAGCAGCAGAUAUUACCUGAAAACCAACGGCGUAACGGAAACCCUAGUACCUGACGAACUGGCGCCGGAACUCGUCCGCGAAUCGGCCGUGCACUUCCUGCAACUGAACGCCGUCGAAGUGGCCAUACAGCUGACGCUGCAGGACUUCAGCAUAUUCAGGCAGAUCGAGCCGACCGAGUACAUCGACGAUUUGUUCGAGCUGAAGUCGAAGUACGGGGCGCCGAUGUUGGUGCAAUUCGCGAACCUCGUCAACAAGGAGACGUUCUGGGUGGUGUCGGAGGUCUGCGCCGAACACAAUCCCGUCAGGCGGAUGAAGAUCAUCAAGCAAUUCAUCAAAGUGGCCAGGCAAUGCAAGGAGUGCAAGAACUUCAAUUCGAUGUUCGCCAUCAUCAGCGGCUUGGGACACGGCGCCGUGUCCAGGUUGCGGCAGAGCUGGGACAAGUUGCCCGGCAAGUACCAGCGGGUGUUCUCGGAGCUGCAGCAGCUCAUGGACCCGUCGAGGAACAUGAGCAAGUACCGUCAAUUAGUCAGCGCCGAACAAACGCAACCGCCAAUUAUACCCUUCUACCCGGUGGUGAAGAAAGACCUAACGUUCAUACACUUGGGCAACGAUUCCAAAGUAGAAGGCCUAAUAAACUUCGAAAAAUUGCGAAUGAUAGCCAAGGAGGUCAGAUCGUUGAGCAACAUGUGCAGCAGCCCCUACGAUUUGCUGACGAUGCUCAAGUUAGGAGGCCAGCCGGCCAGCAACGCCAUGGUGGCGCUCAACCAACUCACCACCGCCGCUUCGAAUUACCACGCUCAAGGCCAAGCGACGGUGAAGCGGAGGAAAAAAUCCGCCGCCGCGCCCAACCCCAAGAAGAUGUUCGAGGAAUCGCAGAUGGUGCGUCGCGUCAAGGCCUACCUGAACAACCUGCAAGUGGAAACCGACGAGGCCAAGUUGCACGAAAUGUCGCUGGAAUGCGAAGGGCCGGUCGCCAGCAGCACCUCGUCCGGCACGGCCGCGCAAAGGACCAACAAAAGGCACGCCUCGCCCGCGCCCUCCACCACCAGCAGCACCAGCAGCGCCAGCGACGAGCGCAAACCCACGGCGAAGUUCGGUUCGGCUUCACCGCAAGCGGUCAGGAAAUUAUUGGCAUUAUCGGAACCGGCUAAAACGAGGCCGCAUCAACCUCGAGUGCCCGCUCACGGCUUGAAUCAAGCCAGCCCGGCGGUCAGAAGGGCGCCCAGCGCGACCGGCAGUUACUCGAGUUACGGGUCGCACAGUUCGAGCAGUUCGGGCGCCGGCGGCAGGGCGAUGCACGAGCGCUCCCACUCCGAUACGCCGACGCCCCUGCCGUCGGUGGCGCUGUCGGCGGAGAGCAGCAGCGUCACGUCGCUGAGCAACUUGCCGCUCAGGAAGACCGUCACGUCAGGUUCGGUCUCGUCGUCGGACUCGGGCCACAGUACCAUCAGCCAGGUGACUAGCAGUUCGGCCGAUUGUCAUUCCUAUCAGCAGAGGUGUCCGAGUCCGCCCAGGCAUCCGCCGCCCAUACCAGGGUGGUUUCCGAUGCGUAACGGUGCUAUGCCCCCCUGUGCUCAUGCUGUGGCCGUUUUGCCCCCUUUACCUCAUGCUUUGCGUAAUGCCAAUGGGCCCGGCAGAAGACAACCGCCAGCGUACAGUGUGGCCGCCCAAAUGGCGAGAUUGCACAGGUUAGGUAGGGCGCAUUCGCACGAAGGCGUCACUCAGGGUUACCACUAUCACACGGAUCCGGACACGGAUCAGGGUGACGACAUUUUUGAUUCGACCGAUGAAUAUGACACUGUCAUAAUAAUGGUGUAACAUCCAUCAAACAUCAUCAUUUUCUGACAAGACACGAGCACGAAACUGACAAGUACAAAAAGUAUUCAUUUAUUUACUCGAACUCGAAGUCGCUCAAACAUUUUAAGUACCUCAAUUUGGAACACUUUUGACAUCUAUUCGAUCCUUUUUUGACCUCAUUGGGUCCUCUUUACAGCCAUAUGCUUUUAAUUUCUUUCAUAGAUAUAAAAAAUACAACAAAUUACGGUACUUAAUGUUAGCGACUUCCAUUAUUAUUUUAAGAGUAUAUUAUUUUAUUUUAUUUUUUAUUUUUUGCUCAGAUGACGAAGAGACCCAAGUCUCAGCGGUGUGAACAUUUUCGCGAACCCUAACCAGUGAGUUUUAUGUCGGAAAGAAAUGAUGAUAUAAUGUAAAUAUUUAUUUAUUAGUGUUGCAUAUCAAUACACAAAAACAAUACUCAUGAAUCUAUUGUAUGUAUCUUAUGUAUCGUUAAGGAAAGGUUCAUGGUAGGUACAAUUUGUCAAUUGUACGAUAGGACAAAAACGCUUAUUCUAUUUCAACAAUUUAUUCACGUAAAAUAGAAGUUUGUAGCUUUUUACGGGUUAUAUUUCUACUUUAAAUGUUAUCAAUGUAAAUGAAACAAUAUUUUAUAUAAUAUCAACCUAGGUAUAUUUUUUCAUAUGAACAUCUAAAACUAGAUUCGCUAAAUGAAAUUAUUUUUAUGCUUCAAAGUGAGUAAGAAAUGUACAAAAUAUACAUCUCUUGUGUCAGAUCAAGAGAUGCAUAUUUCAUUAUUUAAUGUUACCACAAAAUUUGUUAUUUCGGAUACAACUGAUAAUUUUUUGAAUAAAAAUUAUUUUUGUGAAACUAAUUUUCGAGACGAGAUUGAAGCCAUACGGGAAAAUUAAUCGAUACGAUGCAUUUAAAGUAAAUAAGGUUUUUGUUCCUAUGAUGAAACAAUUUUAGUAUUCUUGUAAAAAUUAUUUUUUGUGUAUAAAACUCUCUUUUAAGAUAUUUUAUUUAUGUUGGUAAAGAUAAUUUUAUUGUAUAUACAAACGAUUUUUUUACCUCUCUUUAUUCUAUUCGAAAAGUGAAUUAUUUUAUUCUGAGCAAACAAAGUUCAAGUGAUUUAUAAUGACAAAAAAAUUCAAUGACGAAGGAGUUUACACGGAUUUCGCUUGAAAAUUCGCCAAAAUGGACUUAACACUUUAUACUACAGUAAUUACUGAAUAUUUUUCAAUUAAAAAAUAUAUUCAGUCUUUAAAAAAAUGUGGAUUUAAAUUUAAUAUAUUUUGCAUUUAAAAUUACAUUCCACUGUUGUGUAAAUCUCACAUUUUUUAUAACGUAUUAUUUUUUCGAAAAAAAAAUCAAUGCACCGAUAUUUUUUUAAACAAACUGUUUAGUAUUGGAAACAUGUAUUAUUUAGACUGAACAAAAACAGUGCUAAUUAAAGUGAUUGUGAUUUGACUAAUGUAAAAAUGCUCCCUUAUUCAUCAAUUUUUUCGAAAUAAAGGACCAUUUUUCCGCUUAAAAAGAAAUUUAGUUGCAAUUUUUUUGUUAAUGUAGGAUUCGUGAUUGUACUAGUCGCUUAAAUUUUUCAUUAGAAAUCGCUUUGUCUUCGUCCCCUACUCGAUUUUUACCCAAAUAAAAUAGGGCAUAAGACAAACUCGACGAUUUCUGUCGAAUUUAUUUUGAUAUUAAAAAAACUAUUAGUAAUAAUAAAUGUAAUUAAACAUAAGUAGAUGUAUAUCUGUAUAUUAGUGUACAAAUUUCCGGAUUUAUUUCAUUCACAUUAAAUGGCUGAAGAAUCAAUCGUAAUUUUAUUAUAAAUGUAACAAUUUUAAAAAUAAACUUUAAACACAACAAAUCGAAGCGUUUUCAAUCAAACAGUCUCACACUUUCACGCAAAUCGGACAACAUUCGCACAACGGCGUGAUGGACACCUCGUCGCUCGAACACCUCGGCUUCAAGCACAACACCUCGGCGCACUCCUUGGGCCCCUUGCAGCCCUGCGGCACGCACUCCGCGCAGCAACCCGUCAACUUCCUGCUGACGAAGCCGGCCCGGCAGGACGACUCGUCGCACCGCGCGAACUCGCACCCGUCGAACGCCUUUACGCACUUGGGACAGCACCGGCAAGGGUGCUUGACGACCGUUUCGUCCGGCUGGCACUUCACCUUUCCGCAGCUCGCCAACGAGCAAUCCCGGUUGCACUGCGCCGGCACGCACACCGGGCAACACUUGCACGGCAGGUACACCUUCUCCUGGUAGUACUUGCACCUCACGUCGG